AUGCCCUCAAAAACCUCCCGUCUCACAGGCGUCAAAGCCCUCCUCUUCGACGUCUUCGGCACAGUCGUAGACUGGCGCUCCUCCGUCACCGACGAGCUCUCCCUGCGCAUCUUCCGCAAACAACAGUCCUCCUCCGGCCGCUCGGAAGAAGAAGCAAGCAGCAGCCUCUCCCCGGCGCUUCGGACGCGGCUCGAGGCCCUCGCGCAGAGCGACUGGGACCGCUUCGUGCAAGAGUGGCGGGACUCGUACAACGCCUUCACGCGGGCCUUUGACCCCGCCACGGACGAGUGGAAGAGCAUCGACGAGCACCACCGGGAGAGCCUCGUCGAGCUUCUCCGGCGGUGGGACCUCGAGGGCCUGUUCACCGAGUCGGAGAUUCGGAGCCUGAGCCUCGUCUGGCAUCGGCUCGCCCCGUGGCCGGACUCCGCCGAGGGUCUGGAGAGGCUGCAUGGGCGGUACACCACGGCCACGCUGUCCAACGCCAACACCAGCAUCCUGCGCGACCUGAGCGAUUUCGGGGGCCUCGUCUUCGACAAGGUCUUCUCGGCGGAGACGUUCCGCGCGUACAAGCCUGAUCCGGGGACGUACCUCGGGGCGGUGCGCGGGCUGGGCUUGCGGCCGGAGGAGGUGGCCCUCGUGGCGGCGCACAUGAAGGAUCUGCGUGCGGCGAGGGACCUGGGUCUCGGGACCAUCUAUGUUGAGAGGCCGGCGGAGGAGGAAUGGGGGAGGGAGGAGGAGAGGUUUCUUGAGGCGAGGGGGUGGGUGGACUUGUGGGUUGCGGAGGGGGAGGGCGGGCUGCUUGGUGUUGCGGAGAAGUUGCGCGAGUUGGAGGGAGUUGAUUGA